AACUGCGCAGUUUGCGCCCUCAUACUAAAGCAACAGUUGUUGCCGCAAAUUAAAAUCCCAACAAAACCAGCCGCAAUAGCGAGUGACUCGACACCUGCCAAAACACCGCCUGACACCAACAAUCACAGAGCUCAUAAAGCGGAACCCUCGCCUAUUUAUAUAUACAAUGUCCAGUGCGACGUCAUGGAAAGAAGUACGUCAGAGCCAAUUAGGCAAGAGGAAUUGCCUGGGUGGGCGAGGCUUAGGAAGAAGGCCGGGUAUGCGCGCACCUCCUAAGCUUGGUCCAGGGCGCGAACCAAUGUCCAAGCGGAGACGCUGAAGAGGACGGAAACGUCACAACCCGGUGAGCGAGUGCCCGCUAAGCGUCGACCCGAAUCACGUGACGCCCGGGGGCAUAUCGGUGAGGGGAGGAGUAGGCAGAUCCGUUGGGAGGAGAUUGAGGUAGUGGGCUGAAAUAAAGAAAUGAAUAAAAUAAGCAGGGGCGAGGAAUAGAAAUUAAAUAAGCAAGAGGGCACCGUACUCAUUGGGCAUCCCCUCCUCCCGCACGCUCCUCCCAGCGCAGUGACAUUGCCAGCCGGGUCCCAGAGGAGUUCCCUUUCUCGGCUGCCUGUUCUUAGUAUGGGUGCGGGGGUGAGUUGGGUGCUUAGUGUGUGAGGCGCAUGAGUGAGUGCAUAUCGGCAGCCGCACGCUCUUUUCUUCAUCUUGGCGAUUUUGUUCCACGGAUUCUAAACUGCCUCCUGCUGCUGCUGCUGCUCGGAUGGCUGCCUAGUCCCGCUCUGGAGGGAGGCCACUGGGAUUGUACCAAUUCUCCCUUUUGGUUUCAGUCAGGUCCCUUAUCACCGGGGCUUCCCCUCCUCCUCCUCAUCUCCUUGAUCACCACUCCCCUGUCCCCUCCCUCUGCGCCCCCACCCCCCCCAUCGCUCCGGCUUCACUCGCAGCUCCCGGCCACUGCCACCAACUGCCGCCUGCAAGUCAAGCACCCAGGGGCCGGGGAGGGGAAGACCAUGCUGUGAGGGGAGCCAGUCCUGCUUCUCCGUCUGCACCGCCCAACUCAGAUGGUAAAUGAAAUGACGCAGUGGAGAAAUAUGGAGCUGAAUUCAAGGCAUAUCUAUGGAAAUCCCCUUUGAGCUUUUUUUAAUUCCUUAACAUGAACUUGUUAUAGAAAUUGAUUUUUGUUUUUUCGUUAUUUGGGGAGAAAACAAGCCCCAUUGGAAUUUCCAACAGCUGCUUUAACUUCCCUGUACGAAAGGAUUUACAGCAAUCAAAAUGGCUAAUAAUUCAGUUGCAUAUAGUGGCGUUAAAAACUCUUUCAAUGAAACAAACCAUGGGGGAGAGUUUGGCAUUACAAUUGAAGAGCUUCGCACGCUUAUGGAAUUGAGAUCGACGGAUGCUUUGCAAAAAAUACAGGAGCGAUAUGGUGAUGUGUAUGGAAUUUGUACUAGGUUGAAAACCUCUCCACAUGAAGGUUUAAGCGGGAAUCUAGCUGAUCUUGAAAGGAGGCAAGAAGCAUUUGGGAAGAAUAUUAUACCUCCUAAAAAGCCAAAAACAUUUCUUCAGUUAGUAUGGGAAGCACUACAAGAUGUAACAUUAAUUAUUUUAGAAAUAGCAGCCAUAAUAUCUUUAGGCCUUUCUUUUUACCGUCCUCCUGGUGGAGAUAAUGAAUUGUGUGGUCAAGCUAGUGGUGCUGUAGAGGAAGAAGAAGGGGAAGCAGGCUGGAUUGAAGGAGGUGCUAUCCUUGUAUCUGUUGUAUGUGUAGUCUUAGUAACAGCUUUCAAUGACUGGAGCAAAGAAAAACAAUUUAGGGGCUUGCAGAGCCGGAUCGAACAAGAGCAGAAAUUUACGGUUGUUCGUGGAGGGCAAGUUAUUCAAAUCCCUGUGGCUGACAUAGUUGUUGGAGAUAUUGCACAAAUUAAAUACGGUGAUCUUCUGCCUGCUGAUGGAGUGCUCAUUCAAGGAAAUGAUCUGAAAAUUGAUGAAAGUUCAUUAACUGGAGAAUCUGAUCAUGUAAAGAAAACGCUUGAAAAAGAUCCUUUGCUGCUUUCAGGAACACAUGUCAUGGAGGGGUCUGGGAAAAUGGUGGUUACUGCCAUUGGUGUGAAUUCCCAAACUGGAAUAAUUUUUACUUUACUUGGAGCUGGAGAAAAUGAGGAAGAAAAAGAGAAAGAAAAAGAAAAAAAGGAUAAGAAAAACAAAAAGCAAGAUGGCGCCAUAGAAAAUCGAAACAAAGCAAAAGCUCAAGAUGGAGCUGCCAUGGAAAUGCAACCACUAAAGAGUGAAGAGGGAGCUGAUGGGGAUGAUAAAAAGAAAGCAAAUUUGCCAAAGAAAGAGAAAUCUGUCCUUCAAGGGAAACUUACCAAGCUGGCUGUUCAGAUUGGCAAAGCAGGUCUUGUGAUGUCUGCAAUUACAGUCAUAAUCCUUGUUCUCUACUUCGUAAUUAACACAUUUUGGGUGCAGAAGCGACCAUGGCUGGCUGAAUGUACUCCAAUUUAUGUUCAAUAUUUUGUGAAGUUUUUCAUCAUUGGUGUAACUGUUUUAGUAGUAGCUGUUCCAGAAGGUCUUCCACUUGCAGUUACAAUAUCCCUUGCUUACUCUGUAAAGAAAAUGAUGAAAGAUAACAACUUAGUAAGGCACCUUGAUGCUUGCGAAACAAUGGGAAAUGCCACUGCAAUUUGUUCAGAUAAAACUGGAACCUUAACCAUGAACAGGAUGACAGUGGUCCAAUCGUUCAUCAAUGAAAAGCAUUACCGUAAGGUUCCUGAUCCAGACUCUAUUUCAGAAAAUGUGUUGGAUCUCCUCCUAACAGGGAUUUCUGUGAAUUGUGCUUAUACAUCGAAAAUAUUGCCUCCUGAAAAAGAAGGUGGCUUGCCACGCCAUGUUGGUAACAAAACUGAAUGUGCCUUGCUGGGAUUUAUUUUGGAUAUGAAAAGGGAUUACCAAGAUGUAAGAAAUGAAAUCCCUGAGGAAACCUUAUUUAAAGUGUACACUUUUAAUUCUGUAAGAAAAUCCAUGAGCACAGUUUUAAAGAAUGCUGAUGGCAGCUACCGGAUGUACAGCAAGGGUGCCUCUGAGAUUAUCCUUAAGAAGUGCUUCAAAACACUAGGCAUAAAUGGUGAGGCCAAAAUAUUCAGACCAAGAGACAGAGAUGAUAUGGUUAAACGUGUUAUUGAACCUAUGGCUUCAGAAGGGCUGCGAACAAUAUGUCUAGCGUACCGAGAUUUUCCUGCUGGAGAGCACGAGCCUGACUGGGAAAAUGAAAAUGAUAUUCUUACUGGUCUCACCUGUAUUGCUGUUGUAGGAAUAGAAGAUCCAGUCAGACCAGAAGUGCCAGAUGCAAUUAGAAAAUGUCAGCGUGCUGGUAUAACUGUACGGAUGGUUACAGGGGAUAACAUAAAUACAGCCCGUGCUAUUGCAACAAAGUGCGGCAUUCUGCAUCCCGGAGAAGAUUUCCUUUGUGUAGAAGGCAAAGAAUUUAACAGGCGAAUACGAAACGAAAAAGGAGAGAUUGAACAAGAACGAAUAGACAAAAUUUGGCCUAAACUUCGUGUUCUUGCUAGAUCUUCUCCUACUGAUAAACAUACACUGGUUAAAGGUAUCAUUGACAGUACAGUUUGUGAGCAGAGGCAAGUAGUAGCUGUGACUGGCGAUGGGACAAACGAUGGUCCUGCACUGAAGAAAGCAGAUGUUGGCUUUGCUAUGGGCAUUGCUGGAACAGAUGUUGCAAAAGAAGCGUCUGAUAUUAUUCUAACUGAUGACAACUUUAGUAGCAUUGUGAAAGCAGUGAUGUGGGGAAGGAAUGUCUAUGACAGUAUCUCAAAAUUUCUUCAGUUUCAAUUGACUGUCAAUGUGGUUGCUGUUAUUGUAGCUUUUACAGGAGCCUGCAUUACACAGGACUCACCCCUUAAAGCUGUUCAGAUGCUUUGGGUAAAUCUCAUUAUGGAUACAUUUGCAUCACUUGCUCUGGCGACAGAGCCGCCAACUGAGUCUCUCUUAUUAAGGAAACCUUAUGGUAGAAAUAAACCCUUAAUUUCUCGCACAAUGAUGAAAAAUAUAUUGGGCCAUGCUGUUUACCAGCUAGUCGUAGUUUUUACCCUUUUAUUUGUUGGCGAAAAACUUUUUGAUAUUGACAGUGGAAGAAAUGCACCUCUUCAUGCUCCUCCUUCACAGCAUUAUACAAUCGUUUUUAAUACCUUUGUUAUGAUGCAACUGUUUAAUGAAAUAAAUGCCAGAAAGAUCCAUGGUGAAAGGAAUGUUUUUGAAGGAAUAUUUAACAAUAUCAUCUUCUGCAGCAUUGUAUUAGGUACCUUUAUUAUACAGAUUGUAAUUGUUCAGUUUGGUGGAAAGCCAUUCAGUUGUACUGAACUCACAGUAGAUCAGUGGUUAUGGUCUAUUUUCCUAGGAAUGGGAACAUUACUUUGGGGACAGCUGGUAACAUCAAUACCUACAAGUCGGUUAAAGUUCCUUAAAGAAGCUGGACAUGGAACGCAAAAGGAUGAAAUUCCAGAAGAGGAACUUGCUGAAGAUGUGGAGGAGAUUGAUCAUGCAGAGAGGGAGUUGCGUCGUGGUCAGAUCUUGUGGUUUAGGGGCCUAAACAGAAUUCAAACUCAGAUGGGAUGGUCCUUUCUCUUGUUCUCUCUCUCUCUUGCUGAGCAAGCUGUCACAAUCUCUGAUUCCUUGCAGAUGGAUGUAGUGAAUGCUUUCCAAAGUGGAAGUUCCAUUCAGGGGGCUUUAAGGCGGCAACCCUCCAUCGCCAGCCAGCAUCAUGAUAUUCGAGUGGUGAAUGCAUUUCGUAGUUCAUUGUAUGAAGGUUUGGAAAAGCCCGAGUCAAGAAGCUCAAUCCACAAUUUCAUGACGCACCCAGAGUUUAGAAUAGAAGAUUCCGAGCCUCAUAUUCCACUCAUCGAUGAUACUGAUGCUGAAGAUGACGCUCCAACAAAACGACACUCUACUCCUCCACCCUCCCCCAAUAAAAAUAACAAUGCUCUUGACAGCGGAAUACACCUUAUUAUAGAACCGAACAAAUCAGCUACCUCUUCAGCCCCAGGCAGUCCACUACAUAGUCUGGAGACAUCACUCUGAUUGUAAGAUGAAUGUUGAUAUACUAGCUGAUUUGCAAAGAAACAAAAUGAAACUGGGUCCUUUCACACAUUGUGGGGUGCAGGAGAGAACUCCUGCUUUGGACUUCAAAUGAAGACACACUUGUAUGAAUGUAGAUUUAUUUUUUUAAAAAAUGCAUUCUGCCAGACUGAGGGUGCUUUUCUUGGGAGGGAAAAGGGAUGGGAUAUGGGGUUGACACAGAUAAAACUUAAAAUUCAAAAAAAGUGACCUGCAGAACAUCAGUUAUAUAUACCGAUGAUUGGCCUGGACAGUGUGUUAGCAACAUUCUAGAUUAUAUUGGUCCUCAUUUCCCCCCCCCCCCCUUUUUUUUUUUUUUUGGGCCCCGGGUUGUUGAUUUGAUUAUUUAUGUUAUAAAUGAUACAGAUCUGUUUACAAGGUUUAUAGAUAUUUUUGUUCCUGUUUAUUGAAGGGAAGCUUCUAUAUGAAGAAAGAAAGAAUAUCCCUUUCAACACUGCUGUAUUUUCACAAAAAAGGGGUGUUUCUAUCGAAAAUGUUCAACAUUUUUGCCUGCGAUUUCCUUGUUAAAUAUUGUAGAUAACAUUGCUAAGACUGAUAGCCAAAUAGAGAACACUAAUGCUUUGCACAAGUUAAGCAGCAGUGUUCUAAUGAAAAUCACGGCCUCUCUCCCUUAGAUUCUUUAAAACAAAAUUUACUACUUAAUGGUUUUCAAAUUACAUUUUUUUAUGUUAAGGAAAUGAUAACUUUGUUUCAAAGCUCAAAGGAAUAUUGUGUUAUGCAGGACAUUAAUGUGUGACGGAUCUUGCUUGAAAUCCUUUUGCUAUCUCCGUCAAAAUAUAUAAAAAUCAAAAUUCAUCAAAAAAUGUAGUCCUUUUUUUCUGUUUGUCUAAACAUGUUAGUUUUAGAUUUGUCUUGGUGAACUGUGAGUGGAACCGUGUUGAUUUUCUAAUAAAUCUUUAGGUGACCUUCAUACAGCAUGAGGGCUGUUGGCAUUUUGAAAACAAAAGUUACUACUAGGAAGUAGUACAGUUAUACAUGUUUUUGUUUUUGAAACUUGUUUGUAAACACAAUAAACAUGCCCUUUUAUUAAAUACAAA